AUGACUCAAACCGCCGCGGGCUUUGAAAAUCUUAUCGGCUAUUACGAACCUCCAGUUCAAGAGCUUAUUGUUAUUGAUGAAGUACUCUCUGCUAUGGUUGGGGUUGAAGGACGUUACAUUUCAAUCAAAACACUUCGUGGAAAGAAGGAUGAAAUUAUUAAUUUCCUGGUGGACCCAUCUAUGGAUUUGGCACUGCAGGAGUUGGCAAAACGGAUUUUCCCUCUUUGUAGGAGCUUUCUGUUGAUCAACCAAUUUGUGGAAUCAAGGUCUCAGUUCCAGAAUGGGCUAGUUAAUCAUGCCUUUUCUGCUGCCCUUAGGGAAUUCCUUCUCGAUUACCAGGCCUUGGUGGCACAACUUGAGCACCAAUUCCGGCUUGGGAGACUUUCCCUUCAAGGAUUGUGGUUCUACUGUCAGCCCACGUUGAAGUCAAUGCAGGCAUUGUCUACUGUCAUACAGAAGGCUUCAGCCAAUAAUUUUUCUGGUUCCGCCGUUCUUAACUUACUACAGAGCCAGGCAAAGGCUAUGGCUGGAGAUAAUGCAGUUAGGUUGUUGCUGGAGAAAAUGACACAAUGUGCAAGUAGAGCCUACAUGAGCAUACUAGAAAGAUGGGUCUAUGAAGGAGUAAUAGAUGAUCCUUAUGGUGAAUUUUUCAUUGCAGAAGACAAAUCUCUUCAAAAGGAGAGUCUUACUAAAGACUAUGAUGCUAAGUAUUGGCGGCAGCGUUACAGCCUCAAAGAUGGAAUUCCUAGUUUCCUUGCAAAUACUGCAGGAACAAUUUUGACCACAGGAAAAUAUCUAAAUGUUCUGAGAGAAUGUGGACACAAUGUUCAGGUCCCUCCGUCAGAAAAUUCAAAACUAAUGAGCUUUGGCUCAAAUCAUCAUUAUCUUGAAUGUAUUAAGGCUGCUUAUAACUUCGCAAGUGGUGAACUCGUGAAUCUCAUUAAGGAAAAGUAUGAUCUAACAGGAAAAUUGCGGUCAAUAAAACACUACCUUCUUCUUGAUCAGGGGGAUUUCUUAGUGCAUUUUAUGGAUAUUGCUCGAGAUGAGCUGGCCAAAAAACCUGAUGAAGUAUCAGUUGAGAAGCUGCAGUCUCUUCUAGACCUUGCUCUGCGUACAACAGCAGCUUCUGUCGAUCCUUAUCAUGAAGGCUUAACCUGUAUUGUGGAAAGAUCAUCUUUGCUUAAAAGGUUGGGCACAUUUAAUGUCACUGAAGUUAGCCAGAGAGAUUCUAGUAAUAAUGAUAUUCUGGAGGAGCCUGUUAGCAUCACUGGCCUUGAAACAUUUUCACUAAGUUAUAAGGUGCACUGGCCAUUGUCUAUAGUAUUAUCACGUAAAGCCCUUACAAAUUACCAGUUAAUUUUUCGAUUUCUCUUCCACUGCAAACAUGUUGACCGUCAGCUAUGUGGAGCAUGGCAAACACAUCAAGGAGUUCGUGCUCUCAAUACACGUGGAACUGCUAUCUCCAGAUCUUCUCUUCUGUGCCGAAGUAUGCUUAAAUUUAUCAAUAGCCUUUUGCACUAUCUUACAUUUGAGGUUAUUGAACCCAAUUGGCACAUGAUGUAUACUAGACUUCAGUCAGCAAAUAGCAUAGAUGAGGUUAUUCAACAUCAUGAUUUUUUCCUCGAUAAGUGUCUGAGAGAGUGUUUACUACUUUUACCUGAGUUGCUGAAGAAGGUGGAGAGGCUUAAAUCCAUGUGCCUACAGUAUGCAGCCGCAACUCAGUGGCUUAUAUCAUCUUCUAUCGUAUUACAUAGUCCAGAUGAAUCUAAAGCUGAUUCACUAGGAACUAAACAAUCAAAAUCAGGUCAGGCCCUGAAGUCAGCCUCCAGAAAUGCAGCGGUCACUGAUUCUAUUCUCAAAUUUGAGAAGGAUUUUGAUACCGAGCUUCAGAGUCUUGGAUCAAUCUUGAGUAGUAGCUCUCAGACAGAGCCAUAUUUGACCCAUCUUGCAAAAUGGAUUCUUGGUGUCAAACUCGAACAUAAGGGUUUGUGA